AAAUUUCAAGGGGGUUAGAACUGCCCCUCACAGAAACCGCUUCAAAAACUCACCACACCUUUCGUUUGCCUUGUUCAUUUAUCAGUUAAACUCAUUAGAAGCAGCGGCAAGCAUAUUCUAGAAGCAUAAUGAAGUGUUUUCUGUUAUUUUGCCUGGUUGGCACCUCGCUGGCUCUUAACAAAGUCCAGUUGGGCGGGUUGAAAAAACUGCUGAAGAACCUGGACUCUGGAGUGUUCCCCACGUGUCAACUGGUCUUGUUCAGUGAAAUGGUCGACUAUGAUACUGCUGAGAAGAACUGUCAGAAUUUCGACAUUGGUAUGGGAGACGCACAAAAGGGCCACCUGGCCACAGUAAACGACGAUGGCAAAAACUCCGACCUAAAACUCCUUCUGCAAAUGGCUUAUCCUUACAAGGGGAAGUCACAAAAAUGGGCUGCUGACCAUUGGGUUUGGGCUGGACUCAGGAAGACAAAGAACAACGAUGGAAGCAAAAAGAGCAAGAAAUACAACGCAGAGGACUGGUCCUGGGCUGCUGACGGAUCAAGCCCCAAGGAGUUCCACAAAUGGAUGAAGCACCAGCCAGAUCAGCGAACCGACAAGAAAAACGGAGUGAAGUAUCUCCAGAACCAAAUGAGAAUCAACCACCAAGGUAUCUGGGAUGAUACCUUCAAGUACAAGACCCAUCCCUACGCUUGUGAUUACCAAGGUAAGUACAUCAUCUCCGCGAGCUCUGAAACCUGGAGCCAGGCUAAAGCUUCGUGUGAGGCUGCAGGAUUGGAGCUAGCUAAAGUGAGAUCUGAUGCUGAGGUUAAAGAGAUUAUUAAAUCUGCGGAUUACUUCCUCGGGAGUAAAGCUGACGGUUUGAAACUGUGGGAUAAGGAGAACUGGAUCUGGCUGGGUGGAACUGAUGAAGAGGAGGAGGGUGAGUGGAAGUGGGUGGAUGGAAGUCCUAUUGAGUACUACAAGAACAUGAACUGGAGGAACCCUAACCCUGACAACGCUGAGUAUAUCAAGAACCAGGCUCAACACUAUCUGGCUAUCUCCAGGGAUGGUCAGUUUGAUGAUUCGUUUGAUCAUAGGAGUAGACACAGAGCUUUCGCAUGCCAGUGUCCUGGUACUUAGGUUGGUGACGUCAUGCUGUGUGACAAGUGGUGUGACACGUGGAGUCCCGUUUACAACUUUGACGGACUUCUGAUGAAAGACUCAAAAUUCUAGAAGAAAGUUUAGAGUACUAUUUUCAACAAAAUAGUUUUCCUAUUAUGUUAAAAGUUACUGAAUUUUUCGUGAAUAGAAUUUUGUUGUAUGUUGUAAAGUCUAAGAUUUAUAGCCAAA